AUACAGUAUAAAAGCAAUUAUGAUAUCGGUUUCGGUAAACAGUCAAAGAUAACGCAAAAGAUGAUGCCAAAUAUUAAAUUGGAAGAUCUCCACAAGCAGUUGAAAUAUCAUUACCAUCUUUUUCUCUUUCGGAUCCCACUGAGUAUUAGUUUUGAGUUGAAAGAAAAAGAAAAAAAAGAUGUCAGGACCUCAGUGUUGUGCAAACCCACCAACACUAAACCCAGAAAGCGGAGCUGGUCGUGUCGAGCAAGUGGGAGGCUUUAACUCCUAUCUCACUGGCCCUUCUGACUCCAAGCUUGCCAUUCUACUUGUCUCUGAUAUUUAUGGAUAUGAAGCUCCAAUCUUGAGGAAGCUUGCAGACAUGAUUGCAGCUGCGGGAUUCUAUGUUGUAGUUCCUGACUUCUUCUAUGGAGAGCCCUAUUCCCCUGACAAUGCUGAGAGACACAUUCAAGUUUGGUUCAAGGAUCAUGGACUGGAUAAGGGAUUUGAAGAUGCAAAACCUGUGGUUCAGGCUAUCAAGAGUAAAGGAGUAUCUGCAAUUGGAGCUGCAGGCUUCUGUUGGGGUGCCAAGGUGGUGGUUCAACUGGCAAAAAGUGAGUUUAUCCAAGCUGCUGUGUUGUUGCAUCCUUCUUUAGUCACUGUGGACGAUAUCAAGGCGGUUGAGGUCCCUAUAGCAGUACUAGGAGCCGAGAUUGACCAUAUUUCUCCACCAGCACUUGUGAAACAAUUUGAGGAGGUCCUAACUGCAAAACCUGAGAUUGAUUGCCAUGUGAAGAUAUUUCCCAAGGUGGAGCAUGGGUGGACAGUAAGGUACGAUGAACGAGACGAGACUGCUGUGAAGAAUGCAGAGGAAGCCCAUGGAGAUACGUUGGACUGGUUCACCAAGCAUGUUAAGUGAAUAAUUUAUGCUUGUACGAGAAAAUAGUUUCCAGAUUCUUGAGCUUGGAACUGAAAAUUCUUGCCUUGAAUGGUUGCAAAGUACUGUAUUUUUGUCAUGGUUCAUUCUUAAACUUAAAUAAGAUGGGUGUUUUUUUUUUUUUUUUUUUUUUUUGGAAAACUGAAGGUUCAAA